AUGACCAGUAAGAGAAGACCAUAUUUAAAAACAAGCCAGGCCAGGGCUUCAACAGCAGAUUCAGAUUUAAAGACUGCACCGAGAUUGGCCCACUCCAGCACAGCAACGAAGAGAAAUUGGAUGUUUGAUGAACCCAAAAGGGAUACAUUGACUCCAAGGAAGUCGAUGUUUCUUAAUGUCAACAUUGAUCCAACAAAUUCCUCUACCGAGCAGCAUCAACCUCCACCAAAAAUUCCAAAGGAAUUGAAAAUUGAUGUUCCUAAGGAUGAGGAUACAUAUGUAUAUAGAAAUCCUUAUGCAAGGAAAAACAUAACAAUAACCAUCGAGAAGAAUCCUGGUCUAAAGAAGACUGUAUUCAAAAAAGUUGCUACACCAAAAUAUCCCAGAAGUCCCUUAUUUAAUAAUUCACCUUCCAAAUACUCUGUUGAUUCUCCAACUUCAAGGGGGAACAGACUUUCUCCUCUAAAGUUUGGACAACAAAAAAGAGGUAACAAAACAAUACUUAAGGAACCACUCUCGGACGAAAGCAGGGGAAAGGAAAGGAAAUCAGUUCAAUUUAACGAGAGAGUGUACAUUACAUUUGAUGAUGACGAAAAUGACAAGGACUAUCAGCAUUUUCUGAAUCAGAGGACAAAUUUCCUUUAUUCACAUUCACCAGAACCUAACAACUUUGAUGACCCUUACACGAGACCACUUUAUUUAAGAGCUCCAAAGAGAAAAACUCAAGGAGAGACACAUAUUAAAAGAGAGUAUUUGACAACUCUCAGAUUACUUGGAUUUGAUGAUAUAGACAAUAAUAUUGAUCUGGAGACGUUAUCCAUCUCGUACGAAAGAAGAGAAAAUGACUUUAGAUUCAUUGAUCCAUCACUCAACUCUCAUAACAAACAUAUCGUACAUAUGCUAAGACCGAGUGAGUAUGUUAAAGAUGCACUGGAGGAAAGGAAGAACUACGUUGAACCAGUUCUUCCUGACUUGGAAAAAUUGAAAAUGGCAAGAUUGAAAGGAGAAAUAAGGAGAAGAAAUGUUGAUUUAUCCUAUCUUAAUAAGAGCUAUGAACAAUACGAAUACCUUAAAUCACUGCCAGAGGAUCAACACACAGUCAGAGGAACUGCAGAGAGUUUACCACAAUCUCAACAAAACGAGGAAAUCUCUUCUGCCAGGGAUGCUGAGCUUAGAGAUGGUUUAGUGACAUACUUUUUAAAUGAAGAGAAAAUACAAAAGGAAAAGAUUAUGAGCCAAGAGGAAAGAGUAACCUAUGAUGCAAAACAGAUUAAUCUGUUGAGUAAUGAAUUAAUGAAAGACAUCCCACUGCAAACAGGAAUGACAAUAGCCAGAAUCUUUGCAAACCCUCAUCAAGCAGAUAGAAUCAGUAGAGAACAAUAUAUAUCCAGAGCAAGAAAGUACAAGACCGAAAUGAGAAAGAAAAAGCAAAGAGAGCAAGAUGAAUUUGAAAAGACUAUUGCUAGCAUAAGACAAGAUGAAUAG